AUGAAGAUGGAUGCCGUGGGGGUUCUCACCAUGCCUUGGGGAAGCUACAAACGAAGUAGCUCGGUCGGGGACGCAGCAUGGAGGGAGAUCGAGCUUGGGUUCCAUGGAAACUCGAGGUUGAAGAAGGUGCUCGGGGUGGCCUUCUCUUCCAACUCCGUUGAACUUGACAGCGUGGAUGAGGUGCAACAUGACAGAGCAGCCGCUCGCUCUACAGAGGGGGGCAACGCGAGCAGAGGAGGAGAGGAGAGAGAUGGGGGAGGAGGAGAGGACGGCGCGGCGGAGCAGGCGCGGGAUCUGCAGGACGCGGCGGCGGCGCUGCUGACACGGGCGCGGGCGGAGGAGGAGGCGCUGCGCCGCCGCGCGGCCGCGGUCCAGGGGGAGCUCCGGCGGCUGUGCGAGGCCGCCGCAGCGCACGCCGACAGCGACAAGGUUGAGGAGGACUUGGAUCGAGCAACGUGCCUCAUUGCUGACGGCGAUGUUGCGGCGCUGCUCCCGAGCAAGACGCAAGGCGCUUUUCUGAAAAUGUUCUUGGGACCAGUAAAUCUGCGGGCAACAAGGAAGGAGGUGCAGCUCAAGGUGAAGGAGGAGUACAAUAGCUACAGGGACAGAACUGCCUUGCUGUUUCUUGGUUUUCCGGUGAUUCUGUUGUUUCUUCGAAAAUGGUUAUGGAAUGGAUGCUUUCCAGCAUUGCCAGUUCAGCUAUACCAGGCUUGGUUGUUAUUCCUGUAUACUAGUUUAGCUUUGCGUGAGAACAUACUGCGAGUUAAUGGAAGUGAUAUUCGUCCUUGGUGGAUACUUCAUCACUACUGUGCCAUGCUGAUGUCUCUUAUAAGUCUCACAUGGGAGAUAAAGGGGCAACCUAAUUGUGCACGCAAGCAGAGAGGCGUUGAACUUUUUCUGUGCUGGGCCAUAAUGCAAGGAUUUGUUAUGAUGUUGCAGAAUAGAUAUCAGCGUCAAAGAUUAUAUACUAGGAUUGCUUUGGGGAAGGCUAAAAGAAUGGAUGUUGUAUGGGGAGAGACUGCUGGCGUUGAAGGUAUUCUUUCUUCUGAUAGCUGCAUGCUGCCGAACAUGACAACCUGCAGUUACUGCAUAACCUCAUCUAGGGUUGUGGUCUGCGGGAUCCUGCUGAUUGCAAUGGCAAUUGGUAACUUUGCAAACACAGUAGACACCUUGAUGGCUAAGUCCCGGUUCAAAGCGAAGAUGAAGAAAUCAAAGGGCAAACGGGAUCUCGAUACAUGCCCCUCACCAACAGGUUCAUCGCCGCAGAUUCAACAACCAAAGCAUGAAAAGUUCAGGAGGAAAAGUUGCUUAUCCUAUGAACAUUGCCCGUGUUUAACCAGGGUUAUACCAUUGUAA